AUGGUUCACGGCGAGAUCGACACUGGAGCUCCUUUCCGGUCUGUUAAAGAGGCGGUCACGCUCUUCAGCGAGAGAAUUCUUCUCGGAGAUAAUUACAUCAACAAGUCCGUAGAGAGAAACAAUGAAGAUAGUAAUGUGGUUAUUAGAAGCAAAAGCAUAGAAGCUGAGCUGGAUGAAGCAAAGGAAAGUUUGAAGAAAGCUGAGGAAGAGAACAAGGUUUUGUCUAAGCUUCUUGAAACCCUAAGACAAGAGCUUGAAACCACUAAGGAAGAGCUUAAUCACUCACUAAGAAAAUUCCCUGAUCAUCCUCAAGUCGAAGACGACCUCAAAUUCAUAGAGCAAUCCACGGUUAUUGAACCGGAUAACAUAACUGAGAUCAAGAUGAACCGGUUUGAUCGAAAUGAAGGGUUUGGAGAUGGUGAUGAUGAUCGUCUGGAGAGGAGGCGUUCGGUGAAGUUUGCGAAUCCACCAUUGCUAACGAAGAUCAUUGAUUGCAAAGAGGAGAAGAAGAACCAAGUUAUGGUGAAGAAACAUACGAAGAAGAUGAAGCCAUUGGUUCCAUUGGCUGCUUGGCUCUUUGCAAAGAACCGGUCAAGUUAA